UACCACAGCAACAGCUCUAUCAACAGCUUUUUCGAUUUUCUUCAAUUAAUUGCAAAUUAAAUUCAACAAAUCAUAAUGAACUUCUACAAGAUCUUCAUCUUUGUCGCCCUCAUUCUGGCCAUUAGCUUUGGACAAUCCGAAGCCGGUUGGCUAAAGAAACUGGGCAAGAGAAUUGAACGCAUUGGCCAACAUACUCGCGAUGCUACCAUUCAGGGUCUGGGAAUUGCGCAACAAGCCGCCAAUGUGGCAGCCACCGCCAGAGGAUGAGAAUUUUAUGUCCAUCAAAGGAUUCUCCCAGGAUAACCUGCUUAAUUAUAAACACUUAUUUAUUUGCAAUCACAUAGAAAUAAACUAGCUUACAUCCCCGUAA